AUGCGUCACCAGUGCAUGUUGUCCCUCACGUCUUCUGUACUCUCGUUACAGGACGUUGCGGGACCGGUCAAUGAAAACGCGCCACCGGCUCGCCUGGUCCUGUACUUCAACUCACUCACCUACGAGCAUGUGCGGUCGGUGCCUAAGUACGAUGAAACCCACGUGAUGGGAAACCUGGGCGGCAUCAUCGGCAUGUACCUUGGCCUGUCCUUCUUCGUUCUCUUUCAAGUCCUGGACAUCCUAGUGGUUGGGACGCUGCGGCUGAAGAAGAAGCUACGCUGAAAUGCAUUCGAGUGCUGCCUGAUGGCGCUCCUACCUCCACGG